AUGGAGAAAGAAAUUUUAGAAAACAAAUCAAAAAUUAAGAAUAUAGAAAAGGAUCUUAACGACGUUAAAGAUAGUCUAAAUUUCCAAGAAGAAAAAACUUUAGAAAAACUUAAAAAAAUAAAAAAAUACUUCGACAAUAAAAUCAACGUAUUGUAUACAAGAACAACAGAUUUGGAAAAUCGAUCACGUCGAAAUAAUCUCAGAAUAGAUGGACUAGUAGAAAAACCAGGAGAAAGUUGGAGCGAGUGUGAAAUUGCAGUGAAAGAAAUCUUUAAUAAAAAUCUUAAAAUAUCAAGCGAAGUGGUUAUUGAAAGAGCCCAUCGAAUUGGCCCAAUUAAUAAUAAAAAACCUAGAACAAUAGUAUUAAAACUCCUAAAUUUCCAGGAUAAAAACAAAAUUCUGAAUGCUGUAAAAAAUCUUAAACGAACUGGUGUGUAUAUUAACGAGGACUUUUCGCAAGAAACGAUUGAACAACGAAGGAAACUUUGGGAAGAGGUGAGACGACUUCGAAGUGAAGUAAUCCGAUCUCCUAAUAUAUAUCAACAAAUGGAUUCAAGUUUAAAUAGCAGUUAUGGUAGGGGAAGAUGGGUGUUGCUAUUGGUUCGUGUUUUGGAGUUAUAG